GUGGCAGAGAAGCCCAGCAUCGCGCUCACCAUCGCUCAAGUCAUGUCGCACGGGCAGAUGGCUUCCCGGCGCUCCUGGCUAGACGUGCACGAGUUCAACGGCGACUUUCGAGGAGGCCCAGCUCGCUUUAGAAUCACGUCUGUCAUUGGCCACGUGCUGAGCAUCGACUUCCCACCCACCUACCAGAGCUGGGACGCCACAGACCCGGCAUCACUCUUCACUGCCCCUACCAUCAAAACCGAAUCCAAUCCCAAGGUGCGGCACCUGUAG